GCCUGACUCAGGAAAUUACAGCUCAGUCUCUCCACAUGUUGUAAAGCUGCACAGAGCUCUGCCUCCCUGAUUUGACUGUUAGUGCUCAGACUUAUGAAUGACCAUGACCGGGAAUAAUACGUUCAACACAACGGCGAAUGUCAGCAGCUAUGGGAUACUAUGUUAGCACAAUGAUAUGAGGCCUGGUUGUCCAUGCGGCCACAGCAACACCAGUACUUCACCAGCCAGUUACGCAGUUUAAGUUUCUUUGGAGAUGAAUUGCCAGAAGCUGUGGGCAUUGACUCCAUGCAGGUCCAAGGACAAGUGGGCAGUGAGGAAUCUAGUGGACGAUUACUACAAGCUUAAUCCGGACGAUUUCACACCAUGCAUCACUAGCGACGUAAAGGACUUCAGCCGAGUCUUCCUCCCAACACUCUACAGCAUGGUCUUCAUCGUGGGCUUAAUUGGAAAUGGCCUGGUGUUGUGUGUCCUUGUGAAAUACUACCGGAAAUCAAACAUGAUGGACAUGUGCCUCUUGAACUUGGCGCUGUCUGACCUGCUGUUUCUCAUAUCUCUGCCGUUCUGGGCCCACUACGCUGCCACCGACAUGUGGAUCUUUGGGAGUUCCAUGUGCCAAGCUGUGACUGCAUUUUACAUGCUAGGCUUCUACGGCAGCAUCUUCUUCAUGCUCCUCAUGACGGUGGAUCGUUACCUUGUCACUGUCCAUGCCCUAACCUCCCUUUUAUUUAAGCGCCAGUCAGUGAGCGUGGGCAUAGCCUUGGUCUCGUUUGUGUGGGGCCUCAGCCUGGGCGUUUCUCUCCCAACCAUCAUAUUCACUCAAGGGAGGAAUGAGUCAACUGGAUCAUGCAUGCCGAAAUAUCCUAACAAAACAUGGAGGUUGGUCAGCUACAUGGAACUGAACAUCCUUGGCCUGAUCCUCCCCCUCACCGUCAUGGGGUUUUGCUACUCUCAGAUCAUCCCCACUUUGGCUGCUAUGAAGUCUAAGAAGAAGCACAGAGCCAUCAAGCUCAUGCUGGUCUUGAUCAUAGUUUUCUUUCUCUUCUGGACACCCUACAAUGUGGUCAUAUUCAUGCACUUUCUUCAUCACCUAGGAUACAUGGAAAGCUGCAAAUGGUGGCAUGACCUGGGCCUGGCCAUGCAGUGGACUGAAACCAUCGCCUUCAGUCACUGCUGCCUCAACCCCAUCAUCUAUGCCUUUAUGGGUCAGAGGUUCAGGACAUUAGUCAUAAAGACUUUGAAAGAGUGGUUUCCAAUUUGCUUCAGCCGGUGCAGAACACUUCACAUCCAGCUGACAGAUAAGAGGAGCUCCACGUAUUCCACGCGUUCCACAGAAAUGACAUUUGUGUAGCUGCAGUGGCCUCUCAGUAAUACGGCUUAAUCAAAACAGCAACUUUUUUCAUUUGUUGACAUCAUUUAACACCCUGACUCUUAUGCUCAUUAUUCUAGUAUUAAUCAUAAGGCUUUUAAAUACCAUGAAUUCCAUGACUGUUGUAAAACCAUAAGGUGUAUGUUUCAUUUCAACCUUUCAAUAAUAUGCUUAUAAACAGUUAUUCAAUAUGUAUAACAAUCUUGAACAAUUCAAAUUACUAUUAUAUCAUAUAAAUGUACUACUAUCUAUGUACUACUAGCUAUGUGGACGAAUUAUGCUGAACUUAAAUCAACUUUCAUCCAGGGUUGUUUUAGCGACUGGACUGUUAGAAUUUGCAGUGAUAUGGGACUUCUGGCUAGUGGAGUUUAGAAGCUCGCUUUGCUUCGUGAACAGAAAAUGAGCUAAACUGAUGUGCGAGCUCUCCUAUUGGUCCAUUCAUCAUUAAAUUCAGUUCAUUAGUUUUUUCACAUAAUCACAUUUCAAAUUGUCAAAAAUAUCAACAAAAAUGGAGAAACAUGUUUAUUUUGUAAUGUGAAAGUAACUUACUGUAUGUUUACUGUGAAAAAAAAUACUGUAUGUUUACUGUGAAGAUAACCUACUGUAUGUUUAUUGUGCUUUCUUUGGUGUAUUCUAUGCUGUUAAUACCCUGGUUGGUUAACAGAGAAUAAUUAAAUAAUAAUAAAGCAUCUGGCUGAUUUUCACCUGUGGAGCUAAAAUAA